AUGCCCUCUAUAUGGGCUGGUGGUUGCUGGUGGGCGGUGGUGGGCGUCGAGCCCACCGAUGGAUUCCAACGCCUCGCAUGUCUACCUAAAGCUAAAAACCAGAAGUUUUCUGCGGAUAGCUACAGAAGCGGAGCUCAGAAUUCGGUGACAACUAAACCCUUCACCGUCUCCACUGGCCACACGACAACUGAAAGAAACAGCACCGACAGAAAAACGAAAAGUUUUUCAGAAAAAAAAACAACCGAGAGCAACUUCUCGAUUGGACUUUCGUCUAAUGGAUAUAAAGAGGGAGAAAUGCGACGAAAAUAUCGAGUCCAAGGAGCCAGGAGACAAAAAUGUUAA